UCGCGAGGGUGAUCAGGAGGGGUGUGAGAAGACCCCGACCGGCACACCCGCGCCCGGCCGGACGUCCCGGGCUCGGCGGCCAGGGGCAGCAAACCUCAGGAAAGAGAAACUUGGGGCUGCCGGGCACUUCCGGGGCGUGCAGCCGGCGGGCCCCCGCCCUCCGCGCAGCCAUGGCCCAGGCGUCGGUGCUCGGCGCCGGUGGCCGCGAGCCCCAGCCCUUGCAGCACUCGACCCCUCAGCCCACCGGUGUCUUUCAGGUUGCAGAAAAGAUGGUAAAAAGGACCUGUGCGCUCUGCCCCAAAGAUGUCGAGUAUAGUGUCCUGUACUUUGCACAGUCAGAGAAUAUGGCUGCUCACGAAAAUUGUUUGCUGUACUCUGCAGCACUUGUGGAAUAUGAAGAUCAUGAUCCAUUUAAUCAUGAUAGAAAUUUUGAUGUGGAAUCAGUAAAGAAGGAAAUCCAGAGAGGAAGGAACUUGAAAUGCACAUUUUGUCAUAAAAGAGGAGCCACCGUGGGAUGUGAUUUAAAAUUCUGUCGCAAGAAGUACCACUUUUUCUGUGCCAAGAAAGAUCACGCAUAUCUACACACUGAUGCAACUCAAGGAAUUUACAGAGUGUUAUGCCAACUUCACGCUCCUAAAUCAGCAAUCAUCACCCAAAAUGCUGCUUUCUCAGGACCGAGAAGAAAAAGAGGAAGGAAGAAACAGGUCUCAGCAGGCGUUUAUAUACAGUCACCUGAAAAAAUGCCAUGCAAUAGAUCGGUAAGACAAGGGAAGGACAAGCCCAGCAGACACACAGAUGCGAUUGUGAACAUUCCUUUUCUUAAGAAAUGUAAGGAAGUGGGACUUCUUAAUGACUUAUUUGAACACAUAUUAGACCAACUUUAUGUGCUUCAAGAAAGACUCAUGGAUGACACUACUUCGGAAUCAGACUAUGAAAAAAUUGGAAAUUUACUUUUUGAAUGUAAAUUAUUUAAAGACACAUUUGAAGAUUUUCAAGCAGUAAUAGAGGAUAAAAUCCAAGAAUCUGAAGAAAGGCGGCAGCAGCUGAAGGAAGAGAUUGAGCGACUUCAGGACUUAAAACAAACCUUGUCCUCGUCUCAAGAGAAGAGGGACCCGGGCUCGAGUUCUACCUCAGCGUCUUCCCUGUCUUCCUGAGGAUGACCAUGUCCUAAGGCAGCAGCCAGGCAAAACUAUAAGCAGACUCAGAAUGAGAUCAGCUGCUACAGACACACAUUUUAGGCCUCCCCUCUCUCUCCGGACUGCGACCUGGGACUCCCGGCCGCCUCUUACUUGUUCUUGCUGACAGAUUUCAUGCCCGACGGGGCGUUUAUUGCCUCCCUCGGUCAUCAUCUCCCUUCUACCUCCUCUCCAAUAGAAUGUUCCUCAGAUUCUUAAUGAGUAAAUUGCGCCAUGCCUCCCAC